AUGGAAACCGGUGUGGUUCUUGCUUAUCUGCGCAGUGGAACAUAAAAAUACGAUCAAUGGAAACUCAAACCUUUAGCAGUGUCCGGGGUCCGGUGCAUGCAACUGUUACAAACAUGUUCGAAUUUCUCCGGGCGGUUUAUCGACUGGUGAUCGGCACUGGAAAGUAUGUAAUUCAAAAUCAAUUAGACCAGUGUCGACGUUGUGCUCAGGUUCGUCCCAUAGUGCAAGUGAAACAAGGAAAAGUACGUGGUAUCUGUAAGACCCUACCGGAUGGUUCUUCCUGUUACUGUUUCAAGGGAAUUCCCUACGCCAAACCACCAAUCGGUGAAUUGCGCUUCAAGCCUCCGGUUCCACUGGAAGAAUUUGAGGUUCCAAUAAUUGACUGUUGUGUGGAUGGAAGUUUGUGCAUUCAACCAAACACGUUUCUCACCUUCCUCGUGGUCGGAUCGGAGGAGAAAGCCCUGAAUCUUAGCGUGUAUUCACCGAAGUUACCUACCAAGGAGAAUGAUGCCCCACGGCUGCCGGUCAUGAUAUAUAUCCACGGCGGUGGAUAUAUUAGUAGUUCGGCCAGUAGCUUUAUGUUUGACCCUUCGCCUCUGGUUCAAGAGGGGGUUAUCGUGGUCAUAAUGAACUACCGUCUUGGUCCGUUGGGAUUUCUGUGCCUCCCCAGCAUGGGUAUCUUUGGAAAUGCAGGCCUCAAGGAUCAGGUGCUAGCCUUCAAGUGGGUACAGGAAAACAUCCACAACUUUGGCGGAGAUCCCAAAAACGUAACAAUUUUCGGAGAAAGUGCCGGCAGCUGGUCCACUUACUUACACUAUCUUUCGGAAAAUUCCAGAAAAUACUUCAACCGAGCAAUAUGCCAAAGUGGUGUUGUUUGUACGGAAUCAUUCUUCCAAGUUGACCCAGCGAACAAAGCGCGCAAAUUAGCGAAAGCUCUUGGCUAUCGCGGCAAUUCCGAUGUAGGUGUCUACGAAACACUCAUGAAUGCACCUGCAAAACUGAUUGUAAAACACCAGCAAGAUGUAGCCAUCGAAGAGGAGAAAAAACUCGCUAUGAAUUAUCUCUUUCGACCGGUAAUCGAACCAUCCGAAACAGAGGACAGCAUAAUCACCCGGAGUCCGGAACGGAUUCUGAAGGACUUCGACACCAUUCGAAUUCCAUUGAUAACAGGCUGCAACAGCAGCGAGGGCACCCUGGCGAUGUAUCACAUGCAGCGAAAGCAUCAGAAGACAGCGUUCGAUAAGGAACCUCAGCGACUGGUUCCCUGCUUCCUGAAGGAGAACCCCGAACUCAAUUGUUUGGAAGUUGGUCGAGAAAUUAAAAAAUUCUACUUCCAGGAUGACAGCUUUUCUAACCGAACCAAACAGCAAAUGUGUGAUCUAAUGUCUGAUAUUACGUUUAUCACGACAACGAUGAUCAGUGCCGAAUGGUUGGCGAAACAUCAACCCAGCGUACGACACUAUCACUAUCAAUUCACGUUUCACGGUCGAUUCAGUUUGUUCAAGGGCUUUUCGAAAACCAGUGAUCUGAAAGGAGCCAGUCACGGCGAUGACGCGUUUUAUUUGUUUGACUCUCCUCUUCUUCCCACUCUGCCAGACAGCAGUAGAGAAUGUCGAGUACGAUCUCACCUGAUCCGGCUUUGGACAAACUUCGCUAAGCAUGAUAAUCCAACACCGGACCACGAAAGCACCGGCACCGGUAGUGAUGCCCCGGUAAGGUGGCCACCCGUUCAAAACAUGCCUCUCGAUUCGGAUGAGUUCGAGUUGGAUUGUCUAGACAUCGGCAAUGACGUUGCCGUUGUACGAGACCCGCAAAAACAUCGAACCGAAUUCUGGAGAAACAUGCUGAAACAACACAGAACCGGUCUUUUAUGAGCGUCACGCGAGGUGAGAACUGACUAUGGAGCAAUAAUAAUCGUUAAGUUUUCGGUGAAUCGUGCCUUAAUGAUAGGAAAUUACCGAACUGAAGAACGCCACUAACUUUUACGCGCAAAUGGUGGAGCAUCUAAUUCGCAGUAAGUUCAUUCGAAUCGAUGAAUCCAUUUGUGGAGAUAGUAAAAAAGAUUUUUUCUUUGUGUUGUGUUUUCAUUUGUUCAAAGCUGUCUACUGUUUAUUGAUAAAGCAAUCACACAGUUUUGUAAGUUUCUCAUGCGAUAUAAUUUACUGCGAUACAAUCAUUUCUGAUGAACAAUUUUUGUACAAACCUAAGUUAACUAAGUGAAACGCUUUGACCAAUUGGAUUUGGAGGAAUUGUAACUUUUUGAUUCAAAACCAUUGACAGGGUUAAAAAUCGCGGCAGUAUUGGCCAUAACAG